UCAUGUGUCAACAUCCAGGGUUUCCCCCGGGGAGGCGUAACGUUAACGUUAUUCCACAAAACCCGAGGUUGCUUUGAGGACCCGUUUUAUUUUUGUUAGCCUGUUCAUCGUUGGAGGCCGCGGUGUUUCUGACCGCGAAGACCAGAAGGCGAACGUCGGCUCCUGCUGCUUUGACGUUAGCUAACGUUAUUGUAAACGAUGACAGAGUACAAAGUGCGAAUAGCGUCUCCAAUCAUUUAAUACUAUCUGGGGACCUGUUAGCUUAGCCAGCUAGCCUGGUAAUUCAAUUACAGCAAGGGAACAGGGCGAAACACACUGCUGACAUGAUGUUUCCUCAAUCAAGGCACUCGGCGUCUUCUCAGUCCAGUCAACCCCUCAAGUUCACCACUUCUGACUCCUGUGACCGCAUCAAGGAUGAGUUCCAGUUCCUCCAAGCACAAUACCACAGUUUGAAGUUGGAGUGUGAUAAACUGGCCUCUGAAAAGUCAGAGAUGCAACGUCACUAUAUCAUGUACUAUGAAAUGUCCUAUGGGCUGAACAUUGAAAUGCACAAACAGGCGGAAAUAGUGAAGAGACUGAAUGGGAUUUGUGCUCAGGUGCUGCCUUACCUGUCCCAGGAGCAUCAGCAGCAAGUGAUGGGUGCCAUAGAGAGAGCCAAGCAGGUCACACCUCCUGAGAUGAACUCUAUCAUACGGCAACAGCUCCAGGUGCAGCACCUGUCCCAGCUCCAGGGCCUGGCCUUGCCCGUGACCCCGCUGCCCCUGGGCCUCACCCCCCCCACCCUGCCCGCCGUCUCAUCCAGCUCUGGCCUGCUCUCCCUCUCCUCCAUCCUGGCCAACUACUCCCACGGCCAGGCCCAGGUGGUGAAGGAGGACAAAGCCCGGGACGCCGCAGAGAGAGCACCCAGAGGAGAGGACGGGGACAAGUCAGACUAGUGCCGACACAGCUGGGAGGUUUGGAGGGGGAUUUUAUGGGGUGAAGUGUCGAAAAAAGAAAGGUGAAACUGUAACUGUAAAUGGAGAUUGAUGUAAGUCUGGCUUCCUGUCUGCUGAGUGUUAAUGUAGAAGAGUAACUGCAGGGAUGAUGACAAGCAGAGAGGACGGAGUUUAAGCUUUUGGAUGUGCAGAGAAUGAAACUGCUGAAUGACUGAGAGUGAGAGUUCUUAUUAUUUAGGGGUAAUAGACUCAGUUCAGGCUUCUAGACUUUAAAUAUAUGCUUUUUUUUUUUUUUUUUUUUUUUUUUUUAGUGUAAGCCACUGUUGGUAGGCUUAACCUAGAUAAAUGUUUUCCCAUUUGAAGAGAGAGCUGAGGAUGAAAGCUAACAGCAGUCUCCUUUACAUGGAUCUGCCUCUCACAGGUUUAUUUUUCUUACUUCUUAUUGUUAUCAGAUCUGUAUUCAAUGUAUUUUUUUUUUUGUUUGUUUGGUUUUUUUUUUAGUCCCUCUGAUUGUUUCUUACUGGCCGCUGUCUGCUCCUUUUCCUCCUCGCAUGACGUACAAUAGCUCAAUAUCACCGCUUUCCAAAAUGUUGACUGGAGCUGUUUGGACUGUGAUAUUGUGCAUUUAUGUACUUGGAGCCAAAUUAAACCUUAGUCGGAUGUCAAAUGGGAUGUUUUAAAGGGACCUUUCACUUGUCAGGUGCAUUCAAACCCUUCAAAACCUAAACCUCCUGUUUUCAUAUGACCAACCACUGGAUGCAUUACCUUAGCUGUGUACCUCAAUCCCAAAUAAAUGGGAUUUUAUUCCAUUAAAAACCCUAUAGUUUGUACAAAUGGUAGUACACCCAGCUUGGGAGUUAAUUUGUGUUUCAUAGGCCUAGCUGCUGCUGCUGCUACACGCGCUACAUGGCACGGACCAUGACUCGUCUUUAAAUGACAAGAAUUACGCUCUGAAAAAAAAUUGAAUUUAUUUUGACAUGUUGUUUUCGUGAAGUUAAAGACAGGCUAUAAUUAGUCUAUAAUUGUCUGUGUGUGCUCGAGUGAAUGUGAUUGGAAAGAAGAAAACACUUGCUUAAUUAAACUUUUUUUUUUUUUUUUUUAAAGCACCUUUUAUUUUUUCCUCACCCCCCUGCAUCAGCCCUUUCCCCUUGCUGGUCAACUCUUAGACAAACUUGAACAGGAUCUAAACUUCAGAACCAGAUGGUCAUCACCAACAGACUACUAUAUAUCUGUAAGUUAGAAGAGCACUUCAGUUUAUACUGAGACUGUGUGGAGCACCUGUCUUUUCUUUUCCUAUCUUGUGUGUGACUAUAAGGGGGGGAUCUUCCCCUUUUUUUCAUUUUCCCAUUGUUUUGAUGAAGAAUGUGUCCUGGGUGAGUUGCUAAAGCUCUGUAAGCAACGGCAAACGUGCGUUCCUUAAAAAAAAUAACAUUUUAACAAAAUUAUUACAAUCGGAAUUUGUGCUGUCGACCAAAUUCUUGGGUCUUUCGUGCAAAAAACCAGGCUGGUUUUUAUAUUCAGAACAUUUUCAAACAAAAGCUGUGUCCCAACUCCAUACUAAAUAUUGAUUCUAUAAAGUAUUAAAAAAAAAUAGAAUUUUGUCGCUAGAAUUUUUCAGAGUGGCUAUAGCCUGAUGAUAAUCCGACCAAAUGGCCAAUUUCAUUAAUCGGACAUUCACACCUACUUUACACUGUGAUUGGCCAGCUGUGCAGAGGGGAGACGAUAAGCAGGGUUUGAACUUCUGCCUCUACCUCACCUUAUUAAUUCUUCACGUAACUAUUUCUUUCACUCUGUGUGUGAGCAAAUUAGUGCAACACUCUGAAUUCACUCCAGAGGGAGACUGUCUGGAAAUAUGCAGCGUUAUCUCCAUAUUUAAACGAUCGUCGCAUCCCACCCAUUUCUAUGACGGCCGGCUUUUUCACUCUGCCUUCGAGUGUUGCUGUUGUGAUCAGCUAUAAAAAAUGUUGCCUUUAGUCACGGUUGGACAACAUGACAUACAUAAGUUAUAUUUUAGCAUACCGGACCUUUAUUCUAACAAACUAAACUCAAAACAGUUGGCAUACAUACAAAAAACACCUGAUUUGUGAGUGUACUGUUGAUGGACACUAUUGUCCCAUAAUGCAAUGCGCAAAGUAAAUGGAGGAGCUUGUCUUAGCUGUGGAAAAAUAAAACUGAUUGUUGAAAAGUAAUUGUGAUGGUGUUGGUUUUUGGAAAAACGUUUUACUGUCUUUUUUAAGUUAAAUUUGCAGUGGUCACAGUUUAUUUGUCAUCCGGCAAAGUGAGUGUUGCGUCACUUCUUGUAAGUAUAAAACUGCUAAGUGUACUGAUUUCUUGUAUACUGACAGCAAAAACAGUUUACUAUCAACGUUAUUAUAUAGUACAUACUGUAUGCAAAUAGUAUGGAAUUGGGACACAGUUUACGUCUGAGAAACAGGAAAGUUCAUGUUUCAGGCAGCAGAGGGCAGCAGCGCUCUCACAUUGGUCAUUAGUAUAAAGACACUCACAAGGCUGACAUCCUUGAGGCAUGUAAAGAGGUCCAGGUCAGUCUGGUAAGUCAACAUUAUUGUCACAGCUGUCCUCUUCUCGUCUUCUCUUUCUGAUCGUGGGCCGAGCACCGGUACUCUGCAGGUAUUGGCUGUUACUCCCCUGUAAUGUGAGCGCUUUCCAGAACUUUGACAACCCACCUUUUAAUGUCUGAGCACGUCCCAAGAUUGGCGCUUAAACCUUUCUCUCUGUAUUUCAAAUUUGAAAAAGCACUUAAGUUGUGGCACAGUGCUCUUUUUUUUUUUUUUUUUUUCUUCUUCUUCUUCCUGUUUGUGCUAGUGUUGGGGAGCUGCAGGGUUUCCCUCCCUGGAGAUUUGACUUUGAUAUAUCGAGUGCGAGAACAGAUCAGUUAGUCAUGUGCACUCUUUAUGCUGACGUCGGUCUCUGUAGAAAACCUCCUUUGGCAAAACUCAGACAUAUGAAUGGUAUGUGUGUUUGUUUUUGCUGUGAAGGGCCAAUUUGUAUACAUAUGAAUAUAUCAAUAUACAUAUUUUUUAAAGCAUUUUUGUAUGUUUCAAAGCUGCUUUUUAACGUGUGUGUAUCAUGGAAGACUUAAGUGUUGUAUGUGUGCAUUACAAGCCUACAGUAAGAGGCACAAUGUUGUAUUCCAUGUCGUUUUUCCUGUUUUUUCUCUCCCAUUCUCUCAGUAGGCAGUAACACUUAACAUUGUUUUCUAGGUUUGUAAAUGUUUUAUCCUUUUUUUUUUGUGCAAACAAAAACCAGUUUAAUGUGUUUAUGAACACAGUCUCAUUUUAAAUAUACCUGGGGCAAAAAAAAAAAAAAAAAAAAAAAUGUAAACAAGCAACUGUGUACUCUAAUGAGAAUGAAUCAACCUUUUAGCAGUAAGGAAGCUUCUCUGGUGCCUUACAAAUAAAAGACGUGAUUGAGAGUGGUCAUUUGUCUUUGCAUGCGAAAAAAUACUGAAACAAUCUGAGGGACAGAAUGGCAACAUUUAAAGGGCAUCAGAAUCACUUCAGCACUGGCUUACUGAAGCUUGGACUCAUGAACAGUAGCAUUUUGGAGC